GCGACACCAUCCCCCCGCUCCAGUCUCAGGCAACCAGCGUACCCUCCAAGGCAGCCAUCCUCGCCUCGUCCGUCUCUGCGACCAGGCCUGUGACACGCGCGUCGAGUGCACGCAGCAGCCUCCUCGGCGCGACACAGCCUCUCGUUGGCCCAUCCGCGAGAGGCACGCCUGCACGAAUCGACGCCCGCUCGUCUUGCGCUCUCUCUUCGUCCCCGAGUGCCCUCUUGCGUCUGUUCCAUCAUGCGGCAACCACUGCGCCUCACUCUCUCCGCACUGGCGCUCCUCGCACUCGCGCCCGCCGUGCUCUCCCUCUCUCUGCGCGACGCCUCUGAGCCGCUCUCUCUGCGCGAUGCCGCCUCCUCUGCCGCGCAGGCAGGCGUGCCAGCAACGACGGGCCUGUCGUCGCUCACGCGCGACAAGUGGAUUGGCCUGGCGCUGGCAAUCAGCAGCAGUCUGGCCAUCGGCACGAGCUUCAUCAUCACCAAGAAGGGCCUCAUGGACGCAGCGGAUCGAAGUUCAGGCAUGGCGUCGGACGGGCACUCCUACCUGCAGAAUCCCAUCUGGUGGGCCGGCAUGAGCACCAUGAUCGUUGGAGAAGUGGCCAACUUCGCAGCCUACACGUUUGCGCCUCCCAUCCUCGUCACUCCGCUCGGCGCGCUUUCGGUGCUCAUCGGCGCAGUGCUGGCGAGCUUCAUGCUGAACGAGGAGCUGGGCCGGCUCGGGCGCGUGGGAUGCACGCUGUGCCUCGUGGGCACUGUCAUCAUCGUCGUCAAUGCGCCGGAGGACAAGGAGAUUCAGACGGUCGAUGAGAUUCUGAACUACGCUAUACAGCCCGGCUUCCUGACGUACUGCCUCUUCGUCCUCUCCUACGCCAUCUACGCCAUCUGGCGUCUGGUGCCUUCGUACGGCAAGCGUUCGCCGCUCGUCUAUCUCUCCAUCUGCUCCCUCGUCGGCAGCGUGUCCGUGAUGAGCGUCAAGGGCUUCGGCGUGGCGCUCAAGCUCACGAUGGAUGGCAACAACCAGUUCACGCAUCCGAGCACCUACUGCUUUGCCCUCGUGACGAUCGUCUGCAUCCUCGUGCAGAUGAACUACUUCAACAAGGCGCUCGACCAGUUCAGCACCAACAUCGUGAAUCCCAUCUACUACGUCACCUUUACGACGUCGACCAUCUUUGCCUCCUUCCUGCUCUUCAACGGCUUCAACACGUCGGGCCCUGCAAGCGCAGUCUCGCUGCUCGGCGGCUUCGUCGUCAUCUUCAUGGGCGUGUACCUGCUGAACCUCAACCGGCUGGUGGAUCCAGUGACGCAACAGCCGCGCAUGUCGCUCAUGACCGGCGAAGGCAUCGUGGGCACCGGGCGCCUCUCCGAGUCGCACGACCGCUUCGCAUCUCGAUCACGCUCCGCCUAUCCUCCCGGCUCUCGUCGCGGCGGCGGCGGCGGCGGCGGCUACGGCGCUCCGCAUUCGCGGCGCGACUCGAGCGGCUCGGUGCUCUUCAACGCAUACGAAGAAGAGACGGUGGGCCUCACGCAGCUCAACGAGUCCGAGGAGGAAGACGACGACGGCAUGGAUGAGGAACGCUCUUCCAAACGCAGCCAUGCCCGCGCAGAGAGCGAGGAUCUCUGGCGCCGCAAUCCGCACGACGUGGGCACGCCCAUGAUCUCCACUGCGCCUGCCGCGGCGCCAUUGCCCUCGACGGGCCAGCGGGUCACGCCGGCGACUCAAGGACGCAAUGGUGUCAAUGGCGUGCCCGCCAACGCAGCACAAGGCACACCAAACCGACCCGCCAGCGUGGGUUCGGCGGCUCAAGUGCCGAGGAGCCCGAAUGACUGGCGUGGCGUGCCGUACGUCGCGGCGCCGGAACGACGGUAGCGCGGGGGGGAGGAGGCGUCUUCCAAGCGUGGCAAGCGUGCCAAAAUACGUUUCCGAGGCGACUUCUGCAAGACGGCGAUGUGUUCGCCAGGGACGGGGCAACGUGCGGGACGGAGCGCUGGAAGACAGCGCGAUUGCCAUCAUACCGUGCCUCACUCAGCCCCCCCUCUUACUGCCCCCCUGUCCGCCUCGCGCGCGCCUAUGAUACACGAUUGCCCACUUCACAUUGCUACCCUUCGCACCCCAAUUCUCGCCUCUCAUGGAAUUAUACACUUGCAGCCUUCUCUUGCUCCUCUUUUUGCUCUACCGGUCGUGUGCACGUGUGCGG